CCCAAACAUCCCUGCUUUAUCUCAGCUCGUCGCCCCGUAAAGUGGUUCUGUCGUUUGGAAAGGUGAUAACUUUGUUGCGAGUUAGCCAAACAAACGCGGAAGAUACCGUUAUGAGUCAUCUGUAACUCGCCGAGGUUGUUAUGAAAUCCAGUGGCGCAGUGUUCACAAAACAGGAUCCCUUCCCACCUGUUCCUUCGGUGAGAAAAACGCACUACCACCCUUCCCGGAUCCAGAAUUUGUCACAGAAAAAGAGAGAAACUACUUUGAGUCCUGCGCGUAACAAGCAGUCCGCUUGUCCGCCAUUGCAAAUACGCUCCCGGAGUCCAGGAGGCAGGCACCUUAUUGGGAAAACUAACCACCUUCAUAACAACCAACAUCCCACCAUAGAUGGCCAGCGCAGUUUUUCAGAGUCCUGGCCCUCUACCGACCUUGAAUCUUCUCCAACCAACACUGCAGUCUCUAACAUAGAGACGUUUAGACAGUCGGUAGCUGCAGGAAAAUUAAUGACGCCCUCUUACCAAGAAGAUCAGCAGGUUUCAGUCGUGGCGAAGUAUGUAGAGCGCUUUCGUCAUGGUCGACCGCAGAGUAGAGAAGAGCGCCAGCAAAUCACUUCUGCUGUUGGAGAGGCACAGCAGCCUUUUUGGUGGAUGUCAUCAUCAUCACCAUCCAGUUCUACACCAACUCGGCCAACAAACAAAGAUGACCACACACAAGUCAACCUCAGUUCAGUCGGACAAUGUCGACAUGGCAGCACCCCUUCCCCAAGCAGACCUUCCUUUGACAUCAGUUCCUUGGCUCUUUCAGACACCUCCCAAGAUGACUGUGGGGACAUUGAGACAUUGCAGCUACAGGAAAGGGCUAGCAGACUUCUGCAGAAAAGUGAAUACUCUGUCAGCAGUGGGUCUAUCCCCAUCAGCUCAGAGGGCCUGGGGUGCUCAGAUUUCUCCUCUCCAAUCAGUGCAGACGAGCCAGUCCGAAGGCCUUUGAUUCCCAGUCUAAUGGAACCAACUGCGGCUGAAGUGAAUCUAAGCUCAGCUUCUCUCGGUGUCAGCCACACCCAAAAAUCAUCUUUGACUCCAUCCGUGGUGCUGCACACACGGCCAGAGGAAGAUAUUCUGUUUCAGUGGCGUUUGAGGAGGAAGAUGGAGCAGGCUAGGCAGUGGGCCCCCUCUCAAUCACAGCCUUACUCUAGUCUUCAACAGUCUUCGUUUAUCUGGCAGAUGCCUAAUCUUCACCAGGUACCAGUUGAUGGACAGGCUCACAAGAGUUUUCAACCUCCUGAACCAUCACUAAGAGUUACCCCAUCAUUCAUGAGCAGUCUCCAUCCAAAAAACAAAGAAGCCCCUGGACUGUGUCCCUCUGCAGUGAGCCCUUCCACCUUCCUGUCCCCUCCUAUAUCCAGCCCUACAGUCUCCAAACUCCAGAAUGAUGCUCAUGUACCUGCCCACACGCAUCCCUUGUGUGAUGUUUUGCCAUGCCCCAUUAAAUCAUCCCUUCCUACACAACACAAGAGCUCACAAAAUUCCAAAGGGUCACGGAUGAAGGUGGCCUCAAAGAAAACCCAGCAAGUCCUAAUAAACUCAGCAGACAGUUCCACUGAAGAACCUACAAGUAAACAUGAGUCAUCUCCACCACCUACUUCAACUGAGGAAGCGUAUCCUGCUCACCACAGGGGAGCUGAAAGGAAGCAUAAAGAGACAGUACAAACAAAGGAGUCAGAGAAGAAUAACAAGAGGAUAGGGCUGUCUGGCAGAAAGCUGAAGAAAUCGACUAGAACCCGUACUGGAGACAGUGACCGUGCUGAUGGGUCUAGCUCUCCAGAUAGAAGCUCUCGGUAUCAAAGCAGAGAUCCCAAAAAGUUCACAUCAUGCAAAGAACCAUUAUCUGGCAAGGAUGGGAGACACCUGGAGAGAUGUCAGGAGUACUCCUGUGAUGGAAACUCUGGCAAUCGUGCACCCCCACCCUCUCCAAUUCAUAGUGCUUUAGGGCAGGUAGUUUCAGAGGUAUUGUUUCCUACUCUGGAUUCAUCCUCUGCGCAGGGGACACCCAUGUCCUCUGACUCCCCUCGAUGGACAACUCCUGCACCACCACAGUCCCCAGUUCCUCCAGCCUGUACACAGCAGCCUUUGGAGGUCAUUUCGCAACUGCUGCGAGAGGCGGAAGAUUCAGAUGAAAUGGAGUUUGAAAAUGACCCUUUGCUGCAAGUCCUACGAAAACAGAGGAAAUGGGUGAAGGCGCAAAUGAGUGAAGUGGACUCGCUGUUGGAUGAAUUACAGGAAGAGUAACUAGUUUCCAGGGCAUCAGAAAAUUUUUUUUUAAAUUUUAUUUUAUACAUAAAUAAACUGCAUUUAUACUUCUG